CAGUUGGAGUCUCCAAUGGGCCAGGAGCCCCCCUAUUUCACUCCUCUCCUUCCAUUACCGCCUGGGCGGAGCCGCCCCCGCUGCGGGGGCCCAGGGCGGGAGGGAGUAGAGGCCGGGGCAGAGGGCGAGGGCAGAGGGCGCUGGCGGCAGCGGCCGCGGAAGAUGAGCAGCAGCUGCUCAGGGCUGAGCAGGGUCCUGGUGGCCGUGGCUACAGCCCUGGUGUCUGCCUCCUCCCCCUGCCCCCAGGCCUGGGGCCCCCCAGGGGUCCAGUAUGGGCAGCCUGGCAGGUCCAUGAAGCUGUGUUGUCCUGGAGUGACUGCCGGGGAACCGGUGUCCUGGUUUCGGGACGGGGAGCCAAAGCUGCUCCAGGGACCUGACUCUGGGCUAGGGCAUGAACUGGUCCUGGCCCAGGCAGACAGCACUGAUGAGGGCACCUACAUCUGCCGGACCCUGGAUGGUGCACUUGGGGGCACAGUGACCCUGCAGCUGGGCUACCCUCCAGCCCGCCCUGUUGUCUCCUGCCAAGCAGCCGACUAUGAGAACUUCUCUUGCACUUGGAGUCCCAGCCAGAUCAGCGGUUUACCCACCCGCUACCUCACCUCCUACAGGAAGAAGACAGUCCUAGGAGCUGAUAGCCAGAGGAGGAGUCCAUCCACAGGGCCCUGGCCAUGCCCACAGGAUCCCCUAGGGGCCGCCCGCUGUGUUGUCCAUGGGGCUGAGUUCUGGAGCCAGUACCGGAUUAAUGUGACUGAGGUGAACCCACUGGGUGCCAGCACACGCCUGCUGGAUGUGAGCUUGCAGAGCAUCUUACAUCCUGACCCACCCCAGGGCCUGCGGGUAGAGUCGGUACCAGGCUACCCCCGACGUCUGCGAGCCAGCUGGACAUAACCUGCCUCCUGGCCGCGCCAGCCCCACUUCCUGCUCAAGUUCCGUUUGCAGUACCGUCCGGCUCAGCAUCCAGCCUGGUCCACGGUGGAGCCAGCUGGACUGGAGGAGGUGAUCACAGAUGCUGUGGCUGGGCUGCCCCAUGCUGUACGAGUCAGUGCCCGGGACUUUCUAGAUGCUGGCACCUGGAGCACCUGGAGCCCGGAGGCCUGGGGAACUCCGAGCACUGGGACUGUACCAAAGGAGAUACCAGCUUGGGGCCAGCUACACACGCAGCCAGAGGUGGAGCCUCAGGUGGACAGCCCUGCUCCUCCAAGGCCCUCCCUCCAACCACACCCUCGGCUACUUGAUCACAGGGACUCUGUGGAGCAGGUAGCUGUGCUGGCGUCUUUGGGAAUCCUUUCUUUCCUGGGACUGGUGGCUGGGGCCCUGGCACUGGGGCUCUGGCUGAGGCUGAGACAGGGCGGGAAGGAUGGAUCCCCAAAGCCUGGGUUCUUGGCCUCAAUGAUUCCAAUGGACAGGCAUCCAGGAGCUCCAAACCUGUAGAGGACCCAGGAGGGCUUCGGCAGAUUCCACCUAUAAUUCUGUCUUGCUGGUGUGGAUGGAUGGACAGAUAGAAACCAGACAGGACAGUAGAUCCCUAUGGUUGGGUCUCAGCUGGAAGUUCUGUUUGGAGCCCAUUUCUGUGAGACCCUAUAUUUCAAAUUUGCAGCUGAAAGGUGCUUGUACCUCUGAUUUCACCCCAGAGUUGGAGUUCUGCUUGAGGAACGUGUGUAAUGUGUACAUCUGUGUCCAUGUGUGACCAUGUGUCUGUGAGGCAGGGAACAUGUAUUCUCUGCAUGCAUGUAUGUAGGUGCCCGGGGAAUGUGUGUGGGUCCUUGGCUCUUGGCCUGCAAGGGUGCAGGGGUUGUGCAGGUGUGAAUAAAGAGAAUAAGGAAGUUCUUGGAGAUUAUACUGA